CACUACCCAUGCCGUGUCGCGGAACGGCAGAAGCAGAACCACCCCCACCCCGGCCACCCGGCCACAAACCCCACCACGAAACCCCGUCCCGGCCGGGGUGCGCGCGCGCGAGGGGGCCGGGGGACGGGCCGCCGGCAGCGAACGGGGCCGUGUGCUCGUGUCUGUCCGCGCUCGGCAACGAGGCGGCCCGCGCUGCCGCGCCGCGCGGCGGCAGGCGGACAGCGCGCCCGCGGCUGGGUCCCCUGGACACCCGACACCCUGUCGGCCCCUUGUUUACCCACCCCUGUCCCCAGAUCUCAUCUGCCCCCACUGCCGACGCCGCCGCCCGGAUCGGUCGAUCCCCACGCACGCACACACAUCCGCAUGUGCGCCGCUGCACCACGUAUAUAUACCCAUCGUCAUCCUCUCAUCAAUCGAUCGCGUUACGGUCUGCUCAUGCUCGAGCUCCAGCCUAGCAGGAUUUUGCUGUGCUGUGCGUGCUCUCCUUCUCCGUGCGCCUUCCAGUCUGUCUCACACUACUAGCUUGGAUCGAUCCAUCGAUCGAAGUGGGUGUGUCAGUGUCAGCUGGCGCGGUGACCACGCAUAUGAGCGCACGCAGCGCGGAGCUGAUCAAGGGAAAGUGAUCGAUCGGAUGGAGCUGGAGCUCGGGCUCGCGCUGCCAAACCCGUACCAGUCGCCGAUGGCCGCCGGCGGGGAGCUCGUCGGUCUGCUCAGCGGCUCGGCGGGCGCGUGCGGGAAGAAGAGGGUGUUCGGCGACGCGUUCGGGGCCGCCGCCAAGGCCACGCUUCUUCCGCUCUUCGUGCACGAGGAUGGUGACGGCGGCAGCGGCGACCACGACGAUGUCGACCAUGAUCCAAGCAACAAGAAGAAGAGGCUGGUUGGGUGGCCGCCGGUGAAGUGCGCGCGCAGGCGGAGCUGCGGCGGCGGCGGUGGUUACGUGAAGGUCAAGAUGGAAGGGGUGGCCAUCGGGCGGAAGGUGGACGUGUCCCUCCACGGCUCGUACCAGGAGCUGCUCCGCACGCUCGAGCGCAUGUUCCCCUCGGCUAACCAACAAGGUGCAGGUGCAGAUGCAGGUCAUGCAGAAGAAGAGGAGGUGGUGGCCUCGCACGCAGAGCGCCGCCGUCGCCAUCCGUACGUGGUCACCUACGAGGACGGCGAAGGGGACUGGUUGCUCGUCGGAGAUGAUGUGCCGUGGGAGGUCUUUGUGAAGUCAGUGAAGCGGCUCAAGAUACUUGCGUAGCCGAUGGACGGCGUCCGCAGGCACGCACGGCAGCGACGUGUAGUCUCACUACUUACCAGUAGCAGUAUAGUACUCCUGGGCGUCAUCUGCGAAUGGCUUAGCUCACUCAAUAAUUCAGCGUGAACGUUGUGUCUGUCCUGUGUGUGCACGUAGACGUAGUAGUCUCCUAAGCUUUUGUUGGUGGUUUCAACUUUCAGAGCAUGAUGACGAAAGAACUGGUUAGCUGCUGUCAUCACGUUUAAUUGGUUCAUCUUUGGGUCAUGUUACGGUUUCGCUGGCGUCAGACCAUGACGAGUUAGUUUCUUGUCAGUCGUCGUGGUCAGUGACGAAUCUAGGAAAAUAUUUAGAGAAUGCUUCUGGUACCUUAAGAUAACUUAAGCUCUUUUUUAAAGAACAUCAAUAAUAAAAAUUUAUAGGAUGAGCUAAAGGGGACUACAUGGGUUCUACCGCCGUAGGGGGGCUGAAGCCCUACCAGCCCCACCGUUGGCUCCGUCGCUGGUCGUGGUCGUCUGUGUGGUCGUCUAGGUCUAAGCAUACUGCUAUCUCAAGUUACUUUUGAUUUCCAUCGCAUGGGUAAUUCAUAUACUAUGUGUGAUGACUAAUAUGAUACUGUAUUUGACUUUUCCUUUGUAAGAUA